AUGCCUUCAGCUCUAACCCCACCUCCCUAUCCUCCUCUCCGCGAAACAAAACUCUUCUCACCUCUCCGCCUCGGCCGCCUCAACCUCUCCCACCGCAUCGUCCUCGCCCCCCUCACCCGCAUGCGAAGCAUCCGCUCCGACGACGGAAUUUUCCUCCCAGGAGAUUUAACUCUCGAAUACUACACACAACGCGCCAGCAAAGGCGGUCUCCAAUUCACCGAAGCCACAGACAUUUCCCUCCACGCAAGCGGCUACCCCGGAGUUCCCGGAAUUUUUGCCCAAAAGCAAAUUGAGGCAUGGAAGAAAAUUACGGAUGCGGUGCAUGCGAAGGGAGGGUUUAUUUUUUGUCAAUUGUGGCAUACGGGGAGAGCUUCGCCGGCGAGUUUUCGUGGGGGGGAAAGGGCUUUGGGGGCGAGUGAGAUUCCUAUUCGCGGGAAGGCGUUGGAUGGGACGGAGUAUGAGGAGAAUCCGCCGAGAGUUGCGACGGAAGAGGAGAUUCAGAGUGUGGUUGAGGCGUUUGCGAGUGCGGCGAGGAAUGCUGUUGAGGCUGGGUUUGAUGGAGUUGAAAUUCAUGGGGCGAAUGGCUAUCUUCUUGAUCAGUUUCUGCAUGACAAUGUCAAUCAGCGAACCGAUGCGUAUGGUGGAUCAAUUGAGAAUCGAUGCCGCUUUCCGUUGGAGGUGAUCACAGCGGUUUCUCAAGCGAUUGGCUCAGACCGAGUCGGUAUCAGACUGUCACCGUUCAACUACUUCCAAGAUACCAAGGAUAGCAACCCAAUCGCUCACUGGUCCUACCUCUGCGAGCAAAUCAUCAAAUUACCCACAGAACUUCGACCCGCCUACGUCCACAGCGUAGAGCCUCGCUUCGACGAAGUGCUCGACGAGCAAGCCAAGUUGGACGCUCUAUCAGCAUACGAGACGGGCACGCCCGAAAUCACUCGCAAGACAGCAUACUCGCUAGACCCAUUCCGAAAGAUUCUGAACAAAGGCAAUGUGUCAUUGAUUGCAGCCGGUGCUUUCAAUCGUGACAAUGCUUUGCCCAAACUCGAGGCAGAUGCUGCAGAUCUGAUUGUCUUUGGUCGCUGGUUUAUAGCCAACCCAGACCUCCCUCGACGACUAGCAGACGGUUUGGAGUUGAAUCCGUAUGAUCGAGAUACAUUCUAUGGCGCGGAUCCUCCGAGUAAAGGCUAUGUGGAUUAUCCCUUCUUUGGAACAUCCUCGUGA